AUGUCCCAGCUCUCCUCCACCCUGAAGAGGUACGUUGACUCCUCCCGCUAUGCCGAGACCACCUACAGCAAGGUGCCCAGCGGCUACAGCUCCUACACCUCCUAUGGAUCCACCUAUGCAGACAGCAGCAAAAUUGGCUUCAAAUCCAGCUACCUGCCCUCUCCCCGCUACCACCACACCGGGCUGUCCCCCACCAGUGGCUAUGACAGCAGCCGGGUGCCCCUGUACCCUGACUCCAGCAUCCACCUGAGCCCCACGUACCUCCGGCCCCAGCCCCGGCCUCCCGGCGCUGGGCUGAGUGGGGGUGGGUGCUACACCUUUCCAGGGUCCCCCACGGGCUACCUGCCCACGACGUCACCCUCUGGACGGGCUGCUCAUGGCUCUGCCCUGCCACCCUCGGGGACCCGCUGUGCCAGCCAGCCCUGCGAGAGGAGUGAUGGACACUGUGACGUGCCCACCCAGGACCCCCUGAGCUCCAAGGUGGUGCAGGGCCUGACUGGUCUGCGGAACCUCGGCAACACGUGCUUCAUGAACUCCAUCCUGCAGUGCCUGAGCAACACCAAGGAGCUGCGGGAUUACUGCCUGCAGAACCAGUACCUGCGGGACCUCAACAACAACAGCCGCAUGCGCACCGCGCUCAUCUCAGAGUUUGCAAAGCUGAUGCAGCUGCUCUGGACCUCAUCCCCCAACGAGAGCGUGAGCCCCUCCGAGUUCAAGACACAGAUCCAGAGAUACGCGCCCCGCUUCGUCGGCUACAAGUAAGGGAUGGCAGUGCAGGGCGGGGUGAACGUUGUGCUGGUGCGGCCACGGGCCAGCACCGACACCCUGGACCAUCUUCCCGACGACGAGAAGAGCCGCCAGAUGUGGAGGAGGUACCAGGAGAGGGAGGACAGUCGCAUCAGUGACCUCUUCGUUGGGCAGCUGAAGAGUUCGCUGACCUGCAGCGAGUGCGGCUACUGCUCCACAGCCUUCGACCCCUUCUGGGACCUCUCCCUGCCCAUCCCCAAGAAAAGCUAUGGGGAGGUGACCCUCAUGGACUGCCUACGGCUCUUCACCAAAGAGGACGUGCUGGAUGGGGAUGAGAAACCGACGUGUUGCCGCUGCAAAGCCAGGACGAGGUGCACGAAGAAAUUCAGCAUCCAGAAGUUCCCCAAGAUCCUGGUGCUUCACCUGAAGCGCUUCUCAGAGGCCAGGAUACGAACCAGCAAGCUCACCACCUUUGUCAACUUCCAGCUGAAGGACCUGGACCUCCGGGAGUUCGCCUCGCAGAGCUGCAACCACACCAUUUACAACCUCUACGCCGUCUCCAACCACUCGGGCACCACCAUGGGGGGACACUACACUGCCUACUGCAAGAGCCCCAUCUCCAGCGAGUGGCACAGCUUCAACGACUCCCGCGUUACCCCCAUGUCCUCCAGCCACGUCCGCAGCAGCGAUGCCUACCUGCUCUUCUACGAGCUGGCCAGCCCGUCCUCCCGCAUGUAG